AUGGAGCCCAUCACACGGAAACACGAGCUCCCGCUCGUCAACAAGACCGAGUCACGCUCUCAAUCCUCCCCUGCCCGCUCAUUGUUGCGUCCCACGGGUGCGGAUGAGCUUCACGAUCUGCUCUGUGUGGGUUUUGGCCCGGCAUCCCUUGCCGUGGGCAUUGCUCUGCACGAUGCUAUGGACCCGACCUUGAACCACAAUACCCCCGGCUCCUUUAAGCCCAAGGUCGCCUUUUUGGAGCGUCAGAAGCAAUUCGCCUGGCACUCCGGUAUGCUGGUCCCCGGUUCGCGCAUGCAGAUCUCCUUCAUCAAGGAUCUGGCUACCCUCCGUGACCCUCGCAGCAGCUUCACCUUCUUGAACUACCUGCACAACAAAAACCGCCUCAUUCACUUCACCAACCUGGGAACUUUCUUGCCCGCUCGCAUGGAGUUUGAGGAUUACAUGCGCUGGUGUGCCCAGCGGUUCAACAACGUCGUCAACUACGGUGAAGAGGUCGUGGACGUGGUGCCGGGUAAGACCAUCGGCGGUGUGGUCGAAUACUUUGUCGUUCGUUCGCGCAAUGUCGAGACCGGUCAGAUCUCUUCCCGAAGAGCUCGCAAGGUCGUGGUGGCCUUGGGUGGUAAGGCCAAGAUGCCUCCAGGCUUCCCCCAGGACCCGCGUAUCAUGCACUCGUCCAAGUACUGUACCACUCUGCCCGCCGUGCUCAAGAACGACAGUGAGAAUUACAAGAUUGCCGUCGUGGGUAGUGGUCAGAGUGCCGCCGAGAUCUUCCACGACUUGCAACGGCGGUACCCCAACUCCAACACUACUCUGAUCCUCCGGGAUACAGCUCUACGCCCCAGCGAUGACUCUCCAUUCGUCAACGAGAUCUUCAACCCGGAGCGGGUAGACAAAUUCUUCCAACUCCCUGCGGAGGAGCGCGCCAAGCGCAUUGCGAUCGAGAAGGCCACCAACUACUCGGUGGUACGCCUAGAGCUGAUUGAGGAGAUCUACAACACCAUGUACUUGCAGCGCAUGCAGAACCCCGACGAGAAGCAAUGGCAGCACCGUAUCCUGUCCGAGCGUGCCAUUGGCCGCAUCGAGCACCACAACCCGGCAUCUCGCAUGCGCGUGCAUGUCAAGUCGAUCAAGGAUGACAACAGUGAGGGCAAGGAGAUCCUCGAAGUGGAUGCCCUGAUGGUGGCCACUGGAUACUUCCGUGAUGCGCACGAGCAGCUGUUGGAGCAAGUACGUGGCUUACGGCCUGCCGGACAGGCCGUGUGGACCCCCGGCCGUGAUUACCGAGUUGAGUUGGAUGACAGCAAGGUCAGCCGUCAUGCGGGUAUUUGGCUGCAGGGCUGCAACGAAAAGACCCAUGGUCUCAGUGACAGUCUGCUAUCCAUCCUGGCGGUGCGUGGCGGUGAGAUUGUCAACUCGGUCUUUGGAGAUCAGUUGUCGGGCGCGUCGGUGCAGGACAGCCGGUUGCGCGCGAUGCUGUAA